AUGGAGUCGGAAAAAGUAAAAAUACGAACACAACCAGUUGGAGACUACUGGUCAUUUGAAAAUAGUUGGGAUACAGGUCUAUUCGAUUGUCGGGAUGAGUUAGGAACAUGCUGCUUUGCAUAUUGCUGUUGUCCUUGUUUUGCAUGUAAACUGCAAAUGCAUACAAACGUAUGUCUAUGUACAUGGUGUAUACCUGGAGGUAUUACAGCGUUUAGGACUAAAAUUCGAACAGGCUUUCGAAUUAGGGGUACAGUAUGUGGUGAUGCGUGUGCUACUUGCUGGUGUCCAUGUUGUGUCCUUCUACAAAUCAGUAAUGAACUAGACCAUCAGCAUGUUUAA